AGUGCUAGCAGUAAGAAAAUCAAGGCAGAAGAGCUGCAGUGUAAAGCCAUGGCUGAGAACGCACAGAGAGAUCUGGACGAGGUCCUGCCAGCACUGCAAGAUGCCAUGAGGGCUCUGGAGUCUCUCAAUAAGAAGGACAUGACAGAGAUCAAGUCGUAUGGCCGCCCCCCGACCCUGGUGGAGACGGUGAUGACGGCGGUCAUGACCCUUCUGGGCAAAGAGCCUACCUGGGCAGAGGCCAAGAGGCAGAUAGGUGAGUCCAACUUCAUCAAAACGUUAGUUAACUUCGACAAGGACAACAUCUCGGACCGUGUGUUGAAGAAGAUCAGCCGGUACUGCAGGCAGGUGGACUUCCAGCCGGAGAUCAUCGGCAAGGUGUCGCUGGCUGCCAAGUCCCUCUGCAUGUGGGUCCGAGCCAUGGAGGUUUAUGGGAAUGCCUUCAGGGUGGUGGAGCCAAAGCGGGCCCAACUGAAUGCUGCCACGUCCCAGCUUGAAGAGAAACAGGCUGCCAUGGCCUCGGCCCAGAGCAAACUACAAGAGGUGGCGGAGAAGCUGGACCAGCUGCAAAAGGAGCUUGGUGAGAAGCUGGCCACGAAGGAGAGUUUAAGGCAGAAAUCAGAGGAAAUGGAGGUGAAACUGGACCGAGCUGACAAACUGGUGACGGGACUUGCUGGAGAGAGGGUUCGCUGGGAGGAGAGAGUUACUGGUCUUGAAGAAAACAUGGGAUACCUGGUGGGAGACUGUUUGCUAGCAGCGUCUUACCUGUCCUACAUGGGACCCUUCCUUUCCAACUACAGGGACGAGCUUCUCGCCAUCUGGAUGCAGGGGGUACUGGACUUAGCCAUCCCCUGCUCACCAGGGUUCAGUUUUGCAGUUUUUCUGUCCAGGCCCACAGCAGUGAGGGACUGGAACAUACAGGGCCUGCCCUCUGACGCUUUCUCUACUGAGAAUGGAGUUAUCGUGACUCGUGGAAACCGAUGGCCGCUGAUGGUGGACCCUCAAGGCCAAUCUCUGAAGUGGAUCAAGAAUAUGGAGAUGAAAAGGGGUCUGAAGGUGAUCGACUUUCAGAUGCCAGACUACCUGCGGGUGCUGGAGCAAUCCAUCCAGUUUGGGAAUCCUGUUUUGCUGCAGAAUGUCCAGGAGGAGUUGGACCCCUCUCUCAAUCCAAUUCUUAACAAGUCCCUGACACGAAUAGGCGGUAGGCUGAUAUUGAAGCUGGGUGAUAAGGAGGUGGAGUACAAUCCAGAGUUUCGCUUCUACAUCACCACCAAACUGUCUAACCCCCACUACACACCAGAGAUUUCUACAAAGACCACCAUUGUCAACUUUGCUGUCAAGGAGCAGGGUCUGGAAGCACAACUACUUGGAAUUGUGGUGCGAAAGGAGCGUCCAGAGCUUGAAGAACAGAAGGACUCUUUGGUGAUCAGCAUUGCAGCCGGCAAGAAAAGCCUUCAGGAGCUGGAGGAUGAGAUCCUAAGGCUGCUGAAUGAGGCGACUGGAUCGCUGCUGGAUGAUGUGCAGCUGGUGAACACCCUGCAGACAUCCAAAGUGACAUCCACUGAGGUUUCAGAGCAGCUGGAGAGCAGCGAACAGACUGAGAUCGACAUUGACUCUGCCAGAGAGGCCUAUCGCUCUUGUGCCCAGCGAGCGUCCAUUCUCUUCUUCAUUCUUAACGACAUGGGACGCAUAGACCCGAUGUACCAGUUCUCACUGGAUGCCUACAUUAACCUGUUCAACCAUAGCAUAGAAAAGAGCAAGCGCAGCCACAAGCUGGAGGAGAGGAUCACCAACCUCAAUGACUACCACACAUACGCUGUAUACAAGUACACAUGUCGUGGUCUGUUUGAAGUCCAUAAGCUGCUCUUCAGCUUUCAGAUGUGUGCUAAAAUCCUGGAGGUGGCUGGCAAACUCAACAUGGAUGAAUACAGCUUCUUCCUCAGAGGGGGGCUCGUUCUCGAUAGGGAGGAUCAGAUGGACAACCCCUGUACCAGUUGGCUGGUGGACUCCAGCUGGGACCACAUCACAGAGCUGGACAAGCUGCCAAACUUCCAUGGCAUCAUGGCUUCCUUUGAACAGUACCCUCGAGACUGGAACCUUUGGUUCACCAGUGCUGAGCCAGAGAAUUCUACACUUCCAGGUGAUUGGGAUACUAACUGUAACGAGCUCCAGAAGAUGCUGAUAGUGCGCUCUCUGCGUCAGGACCGUGUCUCCUUGUGCGUCACCUCCUUCAUAGUGAACAACCUCGGCUCUCGCUUUGUGGAGCCGCCUGUUCUCGAUAUGAAGGCGGUUGUGGAGGAGUCUACCAGCAGGACUCCUUUAGUCUUUGUCCUGUGCCCUGGGGUGGACCCCACAGGAGCCCUGCUGCAGCUGGCUGAGGCCUCCGGUAUGAGCAAGGACUUCCACGCUCUCUCUCUGGGCCAGGGACAGGCUCCAAUAGCCAAGAGAAUGAUAGAGGAGGGCGUCAAGAAUGGUCACUGGGUGUUCCUUGCCAACUGCCACCUCUCCCUCUCGUGGAUGCCUGAGUUGGAUAAGCUGGUGGAAUCGCUACAGAAGCCCCACCCAAACUUCAGACUCUGGCUCAGCUCCUCACCACACCCCGAAUUUCCCAUUAGCAUCCUGCAGGCUGGCAUCAAGAUGACCACUGAACCACCAAAGGGUGUGAAAGCCAACAUGAAGCGUCUGUACCAGCUGGUGACAGAGGCUCAAUUCAACCGCUGCUCCAAACCAGUAUUCUACAGGAAGAUGCUCUUCUCCCUCUGCUUUUUUCACAGCAUCCUGCUGGAAAGGAAGAAGUUCCUCCAGCUUGGCUGGAACAUUAUCUAUGGAUUCAACGAUUCUGACUUUGAGGUGAGUGAGAAUCUGCUCAGUCUCUACCUGGAGGAGUAUGAGGAGAUUCCCUGGGAUGCUCUGAAGUACCUCAUUGCUGGGGUCAACUAUGGAGGUCAUGUGACGGAUGACUGGGACAGACGUCUUCUAACCACAUACAUCAACGACUACUUCUGUGAUGCUUCCGUAAGCCAGCCCUUCUUCAAGUUUUCCUCCUUAACCUCCUACUACAUCCCCCGUGACGGUGCCCAGGCCUCAUACAAGGAAUACAUCAGCAUGCUGCCACCCACAGAGCACCCUGAGGUGUUCGGCCAGCACUCUAAUGCUGACAUUGCCAGUCAGAUCGCUGAGACCAGGACGCUGUUUGACACCCUGCUCUCCCUGCAGCCCCAGGUCACCAGCUCCUCUGCUGCUGGGCAAAGUAGAGAAGAUAAGGUAUUAGAGUUGUUGGCAGAUGUUCGUGGGAAGAUCCCAGCAAUGAUCGACUACGAGGGCACAAGGUCGCUCCUCCAGGACAACCCCACCCCUCUUAAUGUGGUGCUGCUGCAAGAGAUCCAGAGAUACAACUUGCUGCUGGAGACCAUCAUGUAUGAACUCCACAUCUCAUGUUAUAGUGCUCUCUCUCUCUCUGUCCACCAGGCGUACCCCUCACUGAAGCCCCUGGCAGCGUGGACCCGGGAUCUUUGCCAGCGAGUCAAUCAGUUUGCACAGUGGGCACUGACGGCCCAGCCCCCCACCCUCUUCUGGCUCUCUGCCUUCACCUUUCCCAACGGUUUCCUCACCGCUGUGCUGCAGUCCUCUGCUCGACAGCACAACAUAUCAGUGGACACGCUGUCUUGGGAGUUCACCGUGUCCACUGUGGACAACAGCAACCUCCUCUACCCGCCCAAGGAUGGAGUAUUUGUCCGAGGUUUGUUCUUGGAGGGGGCUGGUUGGGACAAGAGGAACUCCUGUCUAGUGGAGGCUGAGCCCAUGCAGAUGGUCUGCCCCAUCCCAACCAUCCACUUCAAGCCUGUGGAGAACCGCAAGAAGGCGGCCAAGGGUGUGUACCUGUGUCCGUGUUACUACUUCCCGGUGCGUUCGGGGGGAUCAGGCCGGCCUUCUUUUGUGGUCGGUAUAGAACUCAAAUCUGGAGCUGUGACCCCAGACCAUUGGAUCAAGAGAGGGACUGCUCUCCUGUUGAGCCUGGACAACUAAAUGCUUUCACACACACACACACACACAGUCACACACACACACACACACACACACACACACACACACACACACACACACACACACACACACACAACCGCUGACUAUUUUUUACUGAGGAAUAUUAUUUAUUGUUAGAGCUGUUUGUUACUGGAUUGAAAUGGACUCAAGGCUUCAAUACACUGCAAAAUGUAUUUUAAAUUAAAACACUGUUUUACUUCUCAAAUGUUUUGCAUUCUAUGAAACAGGUCACCACACCUGGCCUCUGACAAUCAGUCAUUCUUUGAUACUUUGAAGUUGGUCUGACUCAAUUCUGAGAAAGAGUCAGGACCAUGGCCAACCAUUGUUGUGCUAUGCUUGAAGAACCACCAGCACCCGACUGAAGCCAUGAGUGAAACAUCUGAACUACUGUAUGCAAGACGUUUAAUGGCAUCCUGUGAAGAUGGACUGCACAGCUGAGGAAUGGCAAACGGUAGACAUUCCGGAUCAAUGGAGAGCCACCUGUAUUUUGCUGCAAGAUCCCACCUACCCAGGUA